CACUGUGGUACCAGACUGCCAGUGGUUGGAGGAUCUUUGCCAAUCUCGGUUUUGCUUCGACUACCAGUGUUUGUGGCCCGCGAACUUUUUUUGCCGUGGUGAUUUUGCUAGCGGACCAUAAACCUGCUUGCCACUGCUUCGUCCCUCCGAGAAUGUCUCCGAGAUGUCUUCGAAACGUCUAUAAAAGCCGCGGCGUUCCCGCUUCCCACCCUUUGCCGACAUCCCGCUCAUCGCUCUGCAUCCCGCCUACCGCCUCCAAACCAACUCUUUCUGCACAACCAUGAAGGUGUUCGCCGCCGCCGUCCUUGCCGUCCUUGCGGGCUCUCAGGCUGUCGCCGCCGAUGCUGUCCCCAUCGACCCGAAGGCGGUCUACUUCAAGUCGAUCGCAUACGCUGGUACCGGGUGCCCAGUUUCCCCCCCGUCCGCUCAAGUCCGCCUUUCCGACGAUAGGACUACCUUUUCUAUCCUGUUCGACCAGUUCGUUGCUGAGGCGGGGCCGGGCAUCCCGCGCGCUUCGAAUCGUCGCAACUGUCAGUUGAACAUCGGGGUCCAUAUCCCAGGAGGGUUCCAAUAUUCUAUCGCCUCCGCCGAUUAUCGAGGCUGGGCGCAGCUUGAUGCCAAAGUCAAGGGUAUCCAGACAGCCAGCUACUAUUUCCAGGGCGACGGACGAACGGUUACAACGAAGGCGGAAAUUCCCGGCGCGUACGUCAACGACUAUCAGAUCCACGACGAGAUCGAGUUUACAACCCUUUCCUGGUCCCCGUGCGGUGAGGACUCGAACAUCAACAUCAACACCUCGAUCUUCGUUGACAACUCGAAGAACAAGGCUGCUUCUGGGUCUCUCACGACUGAUUCCAUCGACGGCAAGGUGACCCAAAAGUACGCCUUCGUGUGGAGGCCAUGCACUCGUCGGGCGACCGCUUAAGCGAGUCCG